AUGUCUUCCAUUUCAGACACUACUCUUGAAACAGUUGUAUCUUCGUACUUCGUCAAUACACCAUGCGCAAAGUGGUCAUACAAUAGUUUCGUUCCUCCUCAAGAUAACUCGAGCAUGGGGAAAGAAAGAAAAGAAACUUCCAAAUAUUGGGAUCAGAUAAAGGCAGAGCUGUUGAGUAAGAAUGUGAAGAACGCAAAAGUGAUGCUUAGAAAAAAAAGGUCUGCUUUCAAGCUCAACUCACAAGUUGAUGUAUUUGAUGUGUUGGAUGCAGUACAUGUACAACAAGUUGACCAGGUCAUAGUAAUAGAUGAGGUCCAUUCAAAGAAAAAAUCCAUUGAGGAAGAUAUAGAGGAAGUAGUUGAUGUGGAUAUACCAGAAAACAGGAGUGAAACAACUGACAUAGGAUGUGUAGAAACGGAAUCUGUGGCAUUGACAUUGACAGUGGAGCCUGACAUACAGACAGGUGGAGAGGGAAAUAUUGAUGAACAAGACAUCAAUGCAUCAGAAGAGGUGUCCCAACCAGAAAACACUUCAGCUAUUGAACAUGUUGACUGGAUUUAUAUUAAGGAACAAAUAGAUAAUUACCAUGCCACAAUUGCAGCUGACAAAAAAGAGUUUAA